UUAUACAUCGCUGACACCUUCCCGAAUCUGAUGCGUACGCGCAAUCGUUAAACACAUCAGUCCGAGAGUUGUCCCUUUGCUGCAUUGAAAUUCGAGUUUGACACCGCGUGUCGCCAUAAGCUGACAGGUUCCGACCGUGAACUCUGCAGCAACGCCAGCAACGUUGAACGUGCGGUCAAAGCUGAAAUUUGCCAUUCGGCUAUCUGCACGCGCAACGGUGGAAAGCCUGGGGUGACAUUGUAGCCACCACGUGAGUUGCAAGUCAACGGGCAUGACUUGCCGAAAAGAUCCGUCUUUGAGUGGUAUUUUUGGGUGCAAGACUGUAAGUAAGACCAUUGUAAGAGCGAUCGACAUACGAGGACCACUGAAACGGCCCUACGGUAUUGAGCACAUGUUCACAUGAUCGCCAGUAAUACUACCUAUCGCAACUCAUACAUGGAUACGGACUAUACUAGGACUGAUAGUACGCGUUUUGACAACACCAUUCUUGCGUACCGAGGCUACUCAGUAUCAUAUGCUCACCCAAGCUCAGAGGACCUGCCUGCCAGCUUUUCAUCCAAUCCAAUUACAAUCCGAGGGCUUGAGCCAUGUCUAAUCUUCCUCAUCGAGCUCUUCAGCUUGGCAAUCGUUCGGAUCCAACUCCUUCAUGCCCGUAUAGUGCAUCGUCUGCGCCAUCUUCUGCACAAUCUGGUUGUGAAAGGCGAACCACAUGUCGAGUUUCUAACAAUACAUAGGAAGCCUCGUCGGCAUAUCACACUUCGUUGCAUGCAGGCAGUGUACAUCAACAAGGAGCUGCUGAAGCCGCUCGCGCUGGAGUGGACCAUCAAAAGCGGAGUAGACCAUCUGAUAGGAAGACAAAUAUCUGGAUCAGCCGUGUCUCGACAAGGGAGGAUGCUGGUGUCGAAGUCAGUUCGACGCACUUGUUCGCUAUUGUGCUUGCCGUAAUGCUUGUUCUCGUCUUUAAAACAUCUCCGGUGUCUUUCAUAAAGA